AAUUAAUUAUCCAGUCCUAGCCACACCUACUUUUUAUUUUGCCUUUCAGAAUGGCUCAAGUUGUUGAGCUGCCCUUGUGCCCUGUCCGCCAUGUCGUGGUGUAUGCUGAUAGAGCUGAAGUCACGAGAGAGAUUAGCCUCAAAGAUGUAGAGGCAGGAGAAAAUGAGGUGACCCUCAACAACAUAUCAAAAGUCAUUGACAAGGAUUCUGUUCGUAUUGAUGGAACAGGGGCUGCAUCAAUAAUGGAGGUAUCAUUUCAAGACAUACCUGUUACUGAAGAGCAAGACAACCAAUCUGAGCUGAAGGAUGAAGUGCAUCAGUUAGAAGAGGAAUUGACAGAAUUGGACAAAAAGUUUAACAUUUCCACAAAAAGAAAAGACAGGCUGGAGGAGCAAACAGAUCUCCUUGAUAAGUACACAAACACUUUAGUCUCCUCUGGUAAAGGUGCUGGGCCAGUUGAGCUUGUCAGCAGAGACACAAUAGAUAAUGUCUUCUCUUUCAUGGACACUUUUGAAAAUGAGUCGAUGGAGCUUAUGACAAAGAAGACUGACAACGAAGAAGAGAGAAAGAAAUUGAGCAAAAGGAGAGAAGAAGUGAAAAAUAGACUCUCAAAUCUGAAGCCAAAGAUAAGGACGGAUGAGAAUGCUGUCAUCAAGCAAACUGUGAUUGGUAUUAUGCUAGCAGUUAAGGAAAGAGGAGACAUUAAGCUACUGGUAUCCUAUGUUGUUACCAAUGCUCACUGGACUCCUAAGUAUGACCUGCGGGUGAAUAGUGCAGACAGGACAAUGCAAGUCAGUUACUUUGGAAUGAUAGACCAAUACACUGGGGAAGACUGGAAUGAUGCUAAAAUAUCUUUGUCAACAGCUUCUCCUAAUGUUGGUGGCACUCCUCCUGAACUGUCCACACUUCAUCUCAAUCUCGUCCAUUUUAAUGAUUCAGCUCAAAGGGAAAAUUACUACAGGAGAAACUUUGGUAACAGGUCUAAUGACGAUGAUUAUGAUAGGCUUAGAGCAUUGCCUGUUGCACCUCCAGGUGGUAGUUUUGAUAACUCAGUUUUUGGUGGAGUUAGUGGCAAGUUAUCAAGUGCUCCAAUGGCUAAUCCACAGGCACAGGUUACUGAAGGACUAGCUAGUAGUGUUUUUGAAAUAGUUGCAUCAGCUUCUAUACCGAGUGAUAAUUCAUCCCAUAAGGUAUCCAUUGCUACAAUUGAUCUGAAACCAACUUUUGAGUACGAAACAGUCCCAAAACUCUCCCAGCAUGCGUUCCUUAAAGCAAAAGUGAAGAAUGAGUCACAGUAUCCUUUACUGGCCGGACCUGCUAAUGUCUUCUUGGAUCAAUCCUUUGUCACUAAGACCUCAUUGAAAUCUGUCUCACCUAAUGAAGAAUUCUCUUGCUCCCUUGGAGCUGAUCCGUCCGUCAAGGUUGUGUAUAAGCCAGUUAGUCGCGUGAGAGGAGAGAGCGGGUUGAUCAACGUUAGUGUUAACUUCCUCUACACUCAAAUCACUGAAAUCACAAACACCAGAAAUGAGCCAACAACCGUCCUAUUCACUGAUCAGAUUCCACUGAGCAGAGACGAAAAGCUUAAGGUAACUCUGCUGGAGCCAAAUAUCAUUAAAGGGAAACCAGGUCAGCCGCCCCCCAAUCCUAACUUGACUCCAGUUAAUCAUGUGACCUGGUCCCUUGAUUUCAAGCCAUUUGAGACAAAGAGGCUACUGAUACGAUAUUCAGUGGAAUAUCCUAAGAAUAAACGCAUAGAAGGUCUGUAACUUUUGAGCUUUUAUGCCUGAUUAAGGAACUAUAGUUAGCUUAUUUUAAUUCACUUUGAUUUUACAAGAAUAUAAUUUUUUUGAGAUAAUUUUGAAUGAGGCAUGACUCUCUUAUGGGAUGAGCUGCAGAAA